AUGUUAGAUAGACUACCGGAAGGAUACCUGCCAAAAUGGAAUCUAAUUAUAUCUAUAAUCGCUUUUUUUAAUACAAUUCAAACAUAUAUUAGUUUGAAGUUAACAAAACAUGUAUACAGUGGUGCUUGUGAUCAAGUAAAUCCCUUAGCAACAAGACUUUUUGGAACAUGGACAUUGAUUUCAGCAAUUAUAAGAUUUUAUGGAUCAUAUUAUAUGUCUAAUUUUGUUAUUUAUGAAAUAAUAUUAUGGACAUAUUAUAUUGCGAUAUUUCAUUUCAUUACAGAAUGGUUUAUAUUUAAAAGUGUUAAAUUUGGUGCGCCACUUGCAGGGCCACUUAUCGUUUCUACUUUAAGUAUUAUUUGGAUGAAUGUUUUUCGCGAGAGCUAUGUACAUCAUUAAUAGAUAAGUGCA